AUGGCAGGCUCAACGGUGUACGUUUUCGACCGUCGCAAAGGCUCUAAACCAGAAAAGGAAAUCACUCUCGAUGAUGUCUUCAGUUUUGCUGAUUUUAAAGAGCUAAUCAAGAAAGAGUUUGGAAUUCCAUAUGAUGGAGAGUUUGUCAUUGCUACCACCAACAGAGAUGAGAUUAAUACAGAUGAGACUUAUGAGGAGCUUGUGGAGGAUGGAGACACUCUCUUACUGCUUGUGCACCUUAAGCAGGACUUGUCGGCCCCUAUCCAGGAGAGGGUGGAUUACCAACCCCACUAUGACACCAUCAUCAGGAGUGGCAUGUAUGAGUACUAUGCCAGCGAAGGACAGAAUCCAUUACCUUUUGCAAUUGCAGAACUGAUAGACAACUCAGUUACAGCCACGGUUAAUAACGUUGGACCCAGAAAUAUAGAAAUCAGAUUGUACCUAGAUGAAACAGGAGAUAAGAGUAUGGUUUGUGUCCUUGACAAUGGCAAGGGUAUGACCACCAGGGAACUCAACAACUGGGCCAUCUUUCGACUCUCUAAAUUCAAUCGCAAGAGACAAAGACUAAAUCAAGAGAACAACAGUGAUGAAGAGAGAGUCAUUCCCAGAUCGUUAAACAGUGACAUCUCGUACUUUGGAGUAGGAGGAAAGCAAGCAGCGUUUUACAUUGGUGAUUCAGCCAGGAUGAUCAGUAAACCCAAAGAUUCUAAGGAUGUUCAUGAGAUGUUGGUAUCAAAGGAAGAGUUUGAAAGGAGAGAGAAGAACAAAGAAGACAUCUACAGCGACGUCAUCACAAGCAGGCAGCCUGGCGAGGGCAGUCACGUAUCACAAAAAUAUGAGACCCUGCACAAACUGAUCAAGGAAGAGGAAGGGAAGGAGAACUUUACCCACGUCGUCAUCACCAGUAUCAAGUCACAGCACAUCAAGUUCCUCAAAGAUGACUUCAGCAGAUGGAGCAGAAUACUGGCAAACGUCUACCACUACUACAUCCAUGGUCCCCAAGGCAACCAGUCCCACCUAUCUAACGCCAUGUACCGUACGUCAAACCCCUACAAGAACAUUGACAUCAGCAUCACCACGUACAAGAAGGGCCAACAGCACCAGCAGCUCAACCUCAGAGACAUUGUAGACGACCUCCAAUCCAAAUAUAUCAGGUCUGCCAAGGACACGUUUGAAUUCAAAGUUUCGUUAGGAACUGGACUGGUAGACGGCGUGCUUCGAUAUCAUCCAUUCCUCUUCGACAAGGAGUCGUAUCCAAUUGAUAAUGAAUCAGUACUUGAGGAUGUCGAUGACGAGACUGAUGACAACAAAGAUAAACAUGCGAGGGGUAGCAAAGCCAUAUUUAAGUGCUACUGGAAUGGAAGGCUUAUUCCAUAUACACUGGUCCAAGACUUUGCCUGGUGUGCCAAGCCAACGAAACGAGGCAACAUUCCUGUCGAGUGCUACAACAGGGUAUCUGGCGCCCUCUUUGCCAACGAUCAGUUUGAGGUCAGCACAAACAAACUGACCUUCAUGGACUUUGAGAUUAAACUGAGUGAUAGGAAUGCUGCCUUUCAGAGAGUUGUUGGGGAUCACCCCCAGAGAUUGAAGAUCGACAAACAGUUCACUGAUUGGCUGCACAAGUGUCACGAAACCCAUGACAAGCAGAUCUGCUUCAUCAGAGAUUACGUGGAGAACAUCACGAGGCCAGAUCUACCCAAGAAACAACAAGAACCCUGGGCUGUGUUUAAGUCUGUGGAAUUGGAUGGGAAAGUGUAUACCACAGGGCAACAGGUUCGAACCUUGCGCUUGCGGACAGGUCGAAUUAUUCAUGGGGCAGUAAAAAGGUUCUUGUUGUUUGGAGACUUUGAGAAUGAGAUCCAGAAUGGGAGGCUGUUUGCGACAGGGGGAGAGUUCGAAAUUGAGCAGGAGCCUAGAUUGUACAAUGAGAGGAAGAUCUACCCUCUCAGGAAGCUGGACAGGUCAGCUGAUGAGAGACAGAUAAAGAAGGCCAUCGAUGAUGAAGAAGGAAAACUUCCAGGGAAACUUGUCAUCUCAUGGCCUGAUUCGCCUGAAUCAAACGAGGUUCAUGAAGGAGAGAAACGACCAGCUGGGAAACGAAUAGGUGCAAUCAAAGCUGAGAUCUACGACAGGAAAGAUCAGUAUAUGUCAAAGCUUCCUGGAGCUCAGCAUAACUCUAAUAAACUCACGGUGGAGAUGAAGAUCAUUUGGCAUUGUCCCAAAAGCGGUGACAAGGAAAUAGUAAACUUCACGGGUAAACAUUCGAAGACAUGGUCGUUCUGGUUCAAACCGAUAGAAAUGGUCAGGGACAUUGGUCCCCAUACCUUGGUCCUGCAGACAGUACUCGGGGAGGACGGAGCAACUAACUUGGGAGGACUCGAUCUACCGAGUCACAAGAUCAAGUUCACAAGUACAGCGGGCCCACCAAGCAAAUUUAUCUUUGACACCAUGGAUCCUUCGUUCAGGGUAGACGUCCCAUUCAACAUCCCUCUUGAGCUACGAGACGAGUUUAAUAAUCCCACCAAGCCAACGCCUAACAUCAAACCAGUACUCGAAGCAAGUGGCCUUGAAAUGGGCUAUGAGAAGGUGGAAAUCAAUGACACCUCACUUAUAGUGAAAGGAGUAAAGGCAUCCGGGGACGUUGGAUCGGCUCAAGGAAAGAUCUUCAACAUGACUGUGACGAUACCUGGACUGGAGAUCCCCACUCAACAACUAAAGAUCAGAAUCUUGCCUGGUGAGCCACACAAGAUCACUGUGCCAACAUUUGAAGAAACUGAUAACCUCUGCAUAGAGAACGGCAAAGCGCUUUCUAUAUCUGUGGAUAUCAGAGACAGAGCAGGGAACUUCUCAGUGCACCCAAAACUUGUAGUCCAGUGCAAGUUUCAUGGUGCGACUGGGUUGCCUUCAUACAGAGCAGACUGCAGUCAUUCAGGAACGGCUACUCUUACCGGUAAACCUAUCUUCAUCAGGAAUAUCUCUAAGAACUCUCAGAAGAUCACUGCCAGAAUUGAACUACUGCACAUCAAAGGAGUCAGCUCUGUAGAGAAAGCCAUCACUGUCAAACCCAGCACCAGAGCCUGUAAGAUCAAGGUAUUCUUCUGCCAACACCAGUACCUUGAUGACCCAAAGAAAAAACCUGUCGAGGUGGAACACAAAGGAGAUAUUGAGUGGACGGCCGGAGAGAAUACAUCACAGAUCAGUGAGUAG